AUGAACAGGUCUGGCGGCCCCCUGGGGGAGGAGCUCACGGAUGAGGAGAAGGAGAUCAUCAACAGCGUCCUGGCUCGUGCGGCCUUGAUGGAGGCCACAGAGCAGGAGAGGAUCGGGCGUCUUUCCAGUCGUCUGGACAACAUCAAGAAGACGGCGUGUGGUGACGGACAGUCGCACUGCCUGCUGUGUGGGGCGUCAUUCGGACCGCAGGGGGUCACAGCUGUCCUCUGUGUGCAGUGUAAAAAGCACAUGUGCAGCAAAUGUGGCAUCAGGAGCAACAGCAGGUCGUGCCCCGCGUGGCUGUGCAGAAUCUGCAGUGAACACCAAGAGAUACACAAGCGUUCAGGAGCUUGGUUCUUCAAGGGACGAGACCAGCAGGGUCUUCCCGCCCCCCUCCCUCUGUCCACACCUCGACAGUCCAGCACUGAGAGCAGCUCUGCUCCGGCGGCCGGCGCUGGACCGCAGGAACCUGCAACACGUCCUCCGGGACACGAGCUCGGCACAGAGCCACAGCAGCAGCGGUCCCGUGGAUCAGAACAAUGGGAGCAGACGGCAAGAACAACAGCUGACAGCUAUAAUGAGAGUCAGUCCCGUCCAGCAGCUGUAAUGAAGACAGAGGGACAUGUGUUGGCCUCCAAACCACCCCGGGCGAACGCACAGCAGGCAGCCCCCACCUCAGCUGCACAGCUUUCAGACAGGCAAGAGACGGCGGCCGCUCCAGCUGUGGAGGACAAGAGACAACCUGUUGUCUCCAGCUCCGUUUCGUCUCAUGUUCCUGCGACCAGAGCCGCUCCACCUGCCCACCCCCCCGCCGACAAUCCCACUCCCCCGAGACCAGCUCCAGGUCGAACACAGGACGAGGACAAUGACUACGACUCAGACGAUGGAACGACUCUGGGAUGUCUGGAGUUCAGUCUCCUCUACCAACAGGAGAACCACGCCCUGCACUGUUGUAUCAUUAAAGCUAAGGGUUUGAAGCCGAUGGACUCAAACGGACUCGCUGACCCGUACGUGAAGCUGCACCUGUUACCUGGAGCCAGUAAGUCCAACAAGCUUCGCACCAAGACACUUAAAACCACUCUGAACCCCGUGUGGAACGAGACGCUCGUCUACCACGGCAUCACCGACGACGAAAUGUCGCGCAAAACUCUCCGGCUUUCAGUGAGCGACGAGGACAAGUUCGGACACAACGAAUUCAUCGGGGAGACGCGAGUCGCUCUGAAGAAACUGACGUUCAACCAGAAGAAGAACUUCAACGUUUGUCUGGAGAGAGUGAUCCCGGUGAAGAAGGCCGUCGGAGGCUCAGCCCGCGGCAUGGCUCUCUAUGAGGACGAUGUGAAUGAGAGUGAGGAUUCAGAGGAGAGAGGUCGUAUCCUGGUGUCACUGAUGUACAACACUCAGCAGGGUCGUCUCAUAGUGGGCGUGGUCCGCUGUGCUCACCUGGCCGCCAUGGACUCCAAUGGAUACUCUGACCCGUUCGUCAAAGUAUGUCUGAAGCCAGAUAUGGGGAAAAAAGCUAAAAACAAGACCCAGAUAAAAAAGAAGACUCUCAAUCCAGAGUUUAAUGAGGAAUUCAGCUACGACAUCAAACACGCUGAACUCGCCAAGAAAACCCUGGACAUCUCAGUCUGGGACUACGACAUGGGAAAGUCCAAUGAUUUCAUUGGAGGAUGUCAGUUAGGCAUCCAGGCUAAAGGAGAGUGUCUGAAGCACUGGUACGAAUGCCUCAAGAACAAAGACAAGAAGAUCGAGUGCUGGCAUGUUCUGCUAAAUGACAACUCUGUUCACUUCGAGGAUUAAAACAUCUUCCUCCUCUCCUGUGGAUUUUCUUUCUCUCUUCUUCCUCCCUGUAGAAUAUUGUCUUCCUGUGAGCACGGGUAGACAGAUAUUAUCCUCUUGCUUUUCAUGUAGGUUGUCCCAAAGUAAAAAUGUGCAAGCUACAUUUCCAGCUGUUUUCAGGUGACCAACAUGGAUGUCGACCCUGGGGCUCUUUGUAAUAAGGAGUGACCACUGAG